UUAGAACCAAGGGCCCUCACUCACUUAGAACCAAGGGCCCUCACUCACUUAGAUCCAAGGGCCCCCACUCACUUAGAUCCAAGAGCCAUCACUCACUUAGAUCCAAGGGCUCUCACUCACUUAGAUCCAAGUGUCCUCACUCACUUAAAUCCAAGAGCCCUCAAUCACUUAGAACCAAAGGCCCUCACCCACUUAGAUCCAAGGGCCCUCACCCACCUAGAUCCAAGGGCCCACACCGACUUAGAUCCAAGGGCCCUCACCCACUUAGAUCAAAGAGCCCUCACUCACUUAGAUCCAAGGGCUCUCACUCACUUAGAUCCAGGGGCCCUCACUCACUUAGAACCAAGGGCUCUCACUCACUUAGAACCAAGGGCCCUCACUAACUUAGAUUCAAGGGCCCCCACUCACUUAGAUCCAAGAGCCAUCACUCACUUAGAUCCAAGGGCCCUCACUCACUUAGAUCCAAGGGGCCCUCACUCACUAAGAACCAAGGGCUCUCACUUAGAACCAAGCGCUCUCACUCACUUAGAACCAAGGACCCUCACUCACUUAGAUCCAAGGGCCCCCACUCACUUAGAUCCAAGAGCCAUCACUCAUUUAAAUCCAAGGGCCCUCACUCACUUAGAUCCAAGGGUCCUCACUCACUUAAAUCCAAGAGCCCUCAAUCACUUACAACCAAAGGCCCUCACCCACUUAGAUCCAAGGGUCCUAACUCACUUAAAUCCAAGGGCCCUCACACUUUUAGACCCAAGGGCCCUCACCCACUUAGAUCCAAGGGCCUUCACUCAUUUAAAUUCAAGUGCCCUCUUACACUUAGAUCCAAGGGCCCUCACCCAUUUACAUCCAAGGGCCCUCACCCACUUAGAU